AUGCCAAUGGGGCUAAAGGGAGCGCCGGCCACCUUCCAACGAAUUAUGAAUGACUUUAAGAAGCACUUAAGAGCGCGCGUAUUUAUUUAUAUAGAUGACCUUAUUGUAACUUCGGAAACUCCUGAAGAACACCUUCAGGAUAUAGACGAAGUCCUUUCCCAGAUUGAGGCUAUAGGGUUUAUCCUAAGUAAGGAUGGAAUACAACCCAGUCCUGAAAAGGUAAAGGCAAUUCGCCGUUACCCGACGCCAACUAAUGUGAGUGAAGUGAGAGCGUUUUUGGGAAUGUGUUCCUUUUUCAGACGUUUUAUUUAUAACUUUGCGUUUAUAGCAGCUCCGCUUUAUAAUCUUUUGAAGAAAAAUGCAAAAUUUGUAUGGACAAAGGAAUGUGCGGACGCUAUGUCCGAACUCCAAGAUCAUCUUGUUUCACCACCCAUUUUGGCAGCGCCUCGUCUAGGAGAACCAUUUGUGAUUGAAACAGACGGUUCUUCUAAGGCCGUAGCCGCAGUUUUGAGACAAGAUCAGAAUGGAGAAAUGAGAUGCAUAGCUUAUGCUAGUAGGGCUUUAAAUCAACAUGAAUCUCGUUAUCCACCAAUAGAACUAGAAGCGCUGGGAUUAGUUUUUGCGGUGCAGAAAUUCCGCCCGUAUAUUGACGGUGCGAAAUGUACCGUUAUCACGGAUCAUGCACCACUUAAGGCUCUCUUGCAUCGCAAAGACCUAAUGGGACGCUUGGCAAAAUAUCAAAUAAUAUUGCAGGAAUAUGAUAUUCAAAUUGUUUAUCGCCCCGGUAAGCACAAUUUACUGUGCGAUGCUCUUUCACGUAAUCCGCCUAUCUAUGGUAUAUCCACAGGCGAAGAGGAGGAAGAAUAUCAUUUCUCCUCUACAGAAGCGAGAAAGGAGCAAGAUGAGUGCCCGUGGAUAUCUCUGUAUAAGACAGCCUUGCAAGAAGGUUCUGAUGAGCCUGAACUCUCUGAGUAUAUUAUCAUCAAUGACAUGCUUUACAAAAUACCAACCAAAAUUACAGAAUUACCUCAGUUAGUGUUGCCCGAGAAUUCACAGGUAGGGAGAAAACUCAUAGAAAAGAUGCACUCAUCUCAAAUGGAUGGCUUUUGCCAACCACCGCCCUCAUGCUUAUCAUCUGCAGUGACCGAAAAGGUCAUCUUGCUCUUAGUCGACAGAUUUACGGCUAAUCGGGGCCCAUGCUGGAAAGACUUAUCCCAGUCCUAUAACGACGAUUUCAACAUGAAGACGAUUACUUCGGCCGGAACUACGUCCCACCACGCACAUGUCAUAGUCGAUGACUUGACGUCCCGCUGCGAAGAAGUGCUUCCACAGCCGAUGCCGUUACCCUAUCGCCGCCCUCGACUGGAACUUUGA